CGUCAUGCGGAAGCCGUUCAACCAAGAUGGCAGCGUCCUUGACAGGCAUGUUUUGAUUCAGGUUGAGUGUCGAACAUGCAAAACGGGUGUAAUUUCACGAAUUGCACGACCGACGAGAGGAGACUUUGAGAGCGGAGGAUGGAGAGACGAGCGUUUGUCACGUCCCUUGUGGCAGGAGGCUGUGCAGGGAUGUGUGUGGAUUUGACCCUCUUCCCCCUGGACACUAUUAAGACAAGGCUGCAGAGUCAGCAGGGCUUCUACAAGGCAGGGGGCUUCAGGGGCAUCUACGCUGGAGUCCCAUCUGCUGCUGUCGGCUCCUUCCCCAACGCCGCUGCUUUCUUUGUCACCUACGACUGCACAAAGUCCCUGCUCGGCGCCAGAGGAGUGCUAGAAGCACCACAUCUAGCACCUGUCACUCAUAUGCUGGCCGCCUCCCUGGGAGAAAUCGUGGCGUGUCUGAUCCGGGUGCCCACGGAGGUGGUCAAGCAGAGAACCCAGGCAUCUCCAUCUUCUGGCACCUACCGCAUACUGCUGGCCACACUCAGUGAAGAGGGGGUCCGCGGCUUGUACAGAGGAUUUGGGACUACGGUUCUCAGAGAGAUCCCGUUCUCGCUGGUGCAGUUUCCGCUCUGGGAAUAUUUAAAGACUCUCUGGUCAUGGAGGCAAGGUCACACGCUCUACUCUUGGCAGGCUGCAGUGUGCGGAGCUUUUGCAGGUGCUGUUGCGGCUUUAGUUACCACUCCUCUUGACGUGGCGAAGACCAGGAUCAUGCUUGCAAAGGCGGGGUCGACCACAGCGAGCGGCAACAUCCCGCUGGUGCUCUAUGACGUGUGGAAGAGUCGAGGAAUUCCAGGUCUGUUUGCGGGCAGCAUCCCGAGGGUGACCUUCAUCAGCGUGGGUGGUUUCAUCUUCCUGGGAGCGUAUGAGAAGGUCCGCACCACUCUGCUUUAGCUCUCUGUGACUGUGCUGAGUUUUGACCUGAAGGACGUCAGGGGGAAAUGUCCCCCUCGAAGUGGCACCCUCGGCCUCGUCCCCUGGGGGGGGCUUCAACUUGCACCUCAGUGCUGCAAGGCCCCCGAAGAGGCAACAACCACCUGAUCCUAUGAGGAAGAGUUCUCCUUAGGUUACCCAGGGUGCUUCAUUCCUGCUCAUCAGUGACCUGCUGAUUGAGUUUGACAUCCUGAUCCGGAGCUUCUGUAACAGCAGCAUCAGUGUGGAGAAGUGAAGCCACUCCCAAUCACCAGAGACUCACAAGGACUAUCUUUCCAUCUUUACAGUUUUAUGUGUGUGUAUUUUUUAAUUGGUUAAGCUAUUAAACACUGUCUCUUUUA